AUGACAUCGACUUCUUCAAGGCUUGACCGCCUGGUCACGCUACUCGACAAGGGAAGUACACAACUGAUACGCAAUACUGCAGCGUCACAACUCGCGGAUAUUCAGAAACAAAAUCCAGAUAGUCUAUUCUCGUUGUUAAGUCGUGUUCUACCGUAUCUCCAAAGCAAGACUUGGGACACGCGUACUGCGGCAGCAAAGGCUAUUGGAGGCAUCGUCGCAAAUGCGCCAACUUUCGACCCUAAUGGUGAUGAGACUGAUAUUAAGCCAGAUUGCAAGGAGGAGAAUGGCGUCAAAAAGGAAGAAAGCCCCCAACAUGAUGGCCGACUUCACCUCGACACCCUGGACAUAGGGCUCGUUCUUCGAAAGGGUAAAGUGCUCAGCGGCAGCGCUGGUAAGGAGUAUGAAUACCAAUUUACGGGCUUAUCUGCUGUUGAACGAUUGGCAAAGCAAAAGAAAUCCUUGCAUGCGAGGCUGGGUCUUGCCGGAGAGUACAUGGACGACGAUCUACUGUCGGAGAAUGACUUGCCAGUUCAUGCAAAGUUAUCCCAGCCGUCAAGCCUACCCAGGGUUGACACACAAGUCAAGAAAUAUCAAGCUUAUACAUCCUCGCCACAGACUGCGCAAGCAAUAUCGGACACCCCGACCUCACUCGAAGAGUCCGGCCUCAGUAAACGUCAGCUCAAUCAGCUGAAGCGAAAGAACAAAACGAUGGUUAAGACCGGAUCCAACAAGAUGCGGGUCGUCGAUCUCGGUGGAAGAAAGCCGUCCGAAGCUGAAUCGCCUUUGGUUGCUGCCAGCCCACAUCCUGUCAAGCUUGAUGGCCACGAAGAUUCACAAGACGAAACUCAGUCACAGCCCGAUUACUUCUCCAUCAAACGUGAGGAUAAUGACGAUGACACUCAAUUGAUUAAGGAAUUCAAGGGUGAACCUCUCGAGGUGAAGCCCUUGAUGGCACCUGACGAGCAAGAUGCAGUUGAUUGGCCGUAUGAAGUGAUGUGCGACUUUCUUUCCAUCGAUCUUUUCCACCCAAAUUGGGAGACAAGACAUGGUGCUGCCAUGGGGCUCAGAGAAAUACUCAUUACCCAUGGUCAGGGCGCUGGCCGCAAGUUUGGCCGUACGAAAGCCGAGAACGACAAGGCAAAUAGAGAUUGGCUUGACGACCUGGCGUGUCGUAUAUUAUGCGUCCUGAUGCUGGAUCGACUUCAGGAUUUCAGUUCGGAUACUGCUGUUGCUCCAAUCCGCGAAUCUGUGGGUCAGACACUAGGAGCAUUAUUGACACAACUGCCGGAUGACACCGCUUUAUCAGUAUAUCGCAAUCUGCAAAUAAUAGUCCAUCAUACAAACACAGUCUCGAAGGAACCUUUGUGGCAAGUCUGUCAUGGGGGUAUGCUCGGUCUUCGCUAUUUCGUUGCAGUGCGGAAAGACCUUCUGCUAAAGCACGGCGAUUUAAUCGACGGUGUCAUCACAGCUGUCACUCAAGGGUUGGACCACUAUGACGACGAUGUGAAGUCUGCCAGUGCGGCAACCUUGGUACCAAUCUCGCAAGAGCUGACCAAGAUGCGCCCUAAUGUAUUGGGUGGGCUGAUGACUGUGAUCUGGAACUCCAUGCUAGGUAUGCGCGAUGACUUGAGUGCAAGCACGGGCGCUGUCAUGGAUCUGCUCGCAAAUUUGUGCUCAGUGCCGGAAGUUCUUGAAGCCAUGAAGGUCAAUGCGACACGAGAUCCAGGCCAAUCAUUCGACGUCCUCGUUCCCAGACUUUACCACUUCCUCCGACAUACAAUCACCUCGGUUCGGUUGUCAGUUCUCAAAGCACUUAUCAAGUUCUUAGAAGUUGCGGAGCAAGGUGCCAUGGGUUGGAUCAAUGGCACUUUGUUGAGACUACUCUUCCAGAACAUUCUUGUCGAGCGCAAUGAAGGCGUCCUUAAACAGUCCUUCGCCGCGUUCCACGGAGUUGUCGAAUUCGUAAAAAAACGUGGUUAUGAGCACUACGCCAUUAUGGUAUCUGCGCACAUCCAACCGAUGAUACAUGCCAACCUGCAGCCCAUUGGCCAAUCUCGGAAUCCAAUACCAUUAGAUCCGACUCUGUUUGUUGAUUCAUCAGGAAAUUCGUUCCACGCAAAAAUUAAGCGACGAAGAACAUCUGACGUAUCAAGUAAGAAGAGGAAGAGAGAAGAGCCACAAGAGCAAACUAUGUCUCAUAACACUGAUGGUCACAUCAUGUCAGGUGAUGUUGAUAUCGUAGGGUUGGAGGCAAUGAUGCGCACCAGGAUUUAUGCCUCAAAGGCAUUGGGCGAGUUGCUUGCUCUACAGGACGAGCACGCUCUUGACCAGCAUUUUGACCAAAUUACUUCGCUGGCAGGUUCCAAAGCAGCAAGUACACGAUUGUUUGCGGCAAUGACCUUGGAAGAAAUGGCUAAAAAUACCUCACAACCACUGCCUAGCUGGGCGAAAGUCGUUGCCAAGCUGCAAACGACUCUGGACGAGACUGAUGACCUGUGGUAUUCAGAUGCGCUCAUUUCGUUGCAAGCUGCUCGCGGACAAUGUCAGACACUGCUUGCAGCGUUUGCCAACCACGCUCAUGUUCCGCGCAACAAGAUGCCAACCAUCGCCGUUAUUUGCCAAGGUGAUGAUGGUGCUGGUCCAAGCGCGUUCGGGCUGACAGAUGCUGAAAAGAUCGUGGGCUCAGAGUUCGACCGCCUGAUGACACUUCUGACGCCUGCGCAACGAGUGACAGGUACACAAUACCUCAGUGAUGCACGGGCUACUGCUGCAGCUGUCGUUGCAGAUGCUCGUAAAGUCAAAGAAAGUCGUGAUCUUUACGUCAAGGCUGCAGUCGCUGCUGUAAUGGUCGCUAUGUGCCAAAUACCCAAGAAACCUGGCACGUUAAUUAAAUGUAUAAUGGAUAGUAUCAAAGCCGAGGAAAAUGCGGAUUUGCAGGCUCGAUCGGGUGCGACGGUUGCAUCACUGAUCGAUUUCUAUGUCAACAGCCCAAAGCGAGGUCCAACAGACAAGCUUAUCUCAAACCUUUGCAAAUUCACCUGCGUUGAUACCUCCGAGACACCGGAAUUUGGGCCCAACUCCGAUCUGAAAGAUAUUGUCUUAUCGUUGCGGAAAGAAGAAGACAAAAGAGAUCAUCCUGAUGCUGUCAGGUUCGAACAAGAAGCAAGAGAGGCUCGUAUCAUUCGACGUGGUGCAAGACGUGCUCUGAGCGUAUUGGCAGAUCUGUACGGCGAUCAACUUCUGGCCAAACUUCCCGUCUUAUUGUCUAUUAUUGAGACUCCCAUGCGCCUUCUAGAAACCGUCGAAAACGCUGCACAAGCGUUGAAGGAAGACACGAAUGGCCAAGAUGUUGUUGAUGCCUUCUCAACCUUGCGGACGAUUUCACCAUAUCUCAACUCGAAUCUUCACCCAUGGUUGCAGACUCUCAUGCCACUGAUGGAGAAGGGUAUCAGGCACGAACUCUCGGUCAUUCGAUAUGCGGCUGCUAAGUGCUUUGCAACAGUCUGCAGUAUCAUUCCUGGUAAGGGCAUGACUCUGAUGGUCGAAAGCAUUCUACCCAACAUGGGAAAUGCCCUUGACCUACGUGAUAGACAAGGUAUCACUGAAACGGUUUACCACUUGAUACACGCCAUGGGCGACAAUGUCCUACCAUAUGUCAUCUUCCUGAUCGUUCCUGUCCUGGGUCGAAUGAGCGACUCAAACGACGACGUGCGACUGCUCGCAACCACCUCUUUUGCUACACUUGUGAAACUGGUACCUCUUGAGGCUGGUAUACCCGAUCCUCCAGAUAUGUCAGAGAAACUACUGCAAGGUAGAGAAAGAGAGCGCAAAUUCAUGUCUCAGAUGCUUGACCCGAAGAAGGCUGAACCCUUUCAAAUACCGGUGGCUAUCAAGGCCGAAUUGCGAUCCUAUCAACAGGAUGGUGUCAACUGGCUAGCAUUCCUAAAUCGAUACAACCUACACGGUGUACUUUGUGAUGAUAUGGGCCUUGGGAAAACCUUGCAAACUCUUUGCAUUGUGGCUAGUGAUCACCAUAUACGCGCUGAGGAAUAUGCAGCUACUGGCGCACUCGACAAACGAAGACUACCCUCCCUCAUUGUGUGUCCACCGUCACUUUCUGGCCAUUGGCAGCAGGAGGUCAAACAGUAUGCACCGUUUUUGACGUGCGUUGCCUAUGUUGGUCCACCUGCACAAAGAGCUGCUGCUAAACCUCAUCUUGCGACUGCAGACAUUAUCAUCACCUCAUAUGAUGUUUGUCGCAACGACAACGAUGUGCUGACACCGAUAACCUGGAAUUAUUGCGUGCUCGAUGAGGGCCAUCUGAUCAAGAAUCCGAAAGCCAAGAUAACGCAGUGUGUCAAGAAACUCACGAGCAAUCAUCGGCUGAUUCUAUCUGGUACGCCAAUUCAAAACAACGUGCUCGAACUUUGGUCGUUGUUCGACUUCCUUAUGCCUGGCUUCCUCGGUACAGAAAAGGUCUUCCAAGAUCGGUUUGCCAAGCCUAUCGCUCAGAGUCGAAAUGCCAAAUCAUCCUCGAAGGAGCAGGAGGCUGGGGCCCUUGCUGUCGAAGCUUUACACAAGCAAGUACUACCAUUCCUGCUCCGGCGGCUGAAGGAAGAAGUCCUCAAUGACUUGCCACCAAAGAUACUCCAGAACUACUAUUGUGAUCUUAGCGACUUGCAGAAGAAACUUUUCGAUGAUUUCUUUAAAAAGGAGAAGAAAACGGUUGAGGCUGGACUCAGUGCUGGUGACAAAGACUCGAAACAGCACAUUUUCCAAGCUUUACAGUAUAUGCGUAAGCUCUGCAACUCACCGGCAAUGGUGAUGAAGGAAGGAAUGCCUCAAUACGAAAACUACAAGAAGCAGUUAGCAGCCUCAAACACUAACAUUCGAGAUGUAGUACACGCACCCAAAUUGAGUGCCCUCCGUGACCUUUUGGUGGACUGUGGUAUUGGGCUUGCUCCAGACUCUAACGAUAUCUCGAACUCAUCAAGUUAUGUCUCACAACAUCGUGCACUCAUAUUCUGUCAGAUGAAGGAAAUGUUGGACAUGGUACAAAACGAAGUUCUAGCGAAACUCCUUCCUACGGUCCAGUUUCUUCGACUCGAUGGUGGUGUUGAGGCUACACGACGACAAGAUAUCGUCAACAAGUUCAACAACGACCCUUCAUACGACUGCUUGUUGCUGACGACGUCUGUGGGUGGCCUUGGACUGAACCUAACAGGAGCUGAUACCGUCAUCUUCGUGGAACACGAUUGGAAUCCUCAGAAAGACAUCCAGGCCAUGGAUCGGGCACACAGACUUGGCCAGAAAAAGACUGUGAACGUCUACCGCCUGAUCACCCGGGGUACCCUCGAAGAGAAGAUCAUGGGUCUGCAAAGAUUCAAAAUUGAUGUCGCGUCGACUGUAGUCAACCAGCAGAAUGCAGGCCUUGGCACAAUGGAGACUGACCAGAUUCUUGACCUGUUCAGUUUGGGUGAGGGCGCAGAUAGUGUCCCAGGUUUUGACUCCUCGGCUGGUGCGAAUGACACUGACAUCAAUGGUCGGGAAGAAGAUAUGGUCGACGCUGAGGGCAAUGUUAAAAAGAAAGGAGAACGUGGAUUUCUUGACGAUAUAGGCGAGCUCUGGGAUGAGAAACAGUACGAGGAGGAAUUCAGCAUGGACUCCUUUUUGCAGAAGAUGCAGAAGUAG